AGAAAUAAUAAAAUAUUCUCAUAUAAUAAUAAUAAGAGAAGGAAGAGCUUUCGAAAUAUAGAAAAAUAGUAAUUUUGGAUUAGAUAAUAGAGAAAUAUAGAAGAGUUCAUAAAAAUAAUAAUAUUGUAACGAAAUAGCCCACCUCCGAUGAGUAGUACUUCUAGAAACUUCUAGAAAAAAUGAUAAUAAAUUUGAAAAUGUUUCUAGAAGAUUCGACGAAGUAUGUAGACAGAACAAUGAGAAAUUUGAAGAAGUUUCUAGAACACUCGAUAAGGUAGAAGAGAAGAUCAAACAAUUCAGAGAUCAUGAUAACUAAUACGAAAGUGGUACCACCAGAUAAUGCAUUAGUUUUAGAUCCGGUAGUGAAAGAAGAAGCACCUAGAGAUGAAACGACACAUCAUAUGAGAUUAAAAUUGCCACCAUUUGAUGAAAAGUCUUCUUGGUUCAUAUACAUUAGACCAUUUGAAGCUAUUGCGACAGCCAAUCAUUGGACAGAACAAGAAAAAGCUGUUUCCAUGACUGCUGCUUUACGAGGUGAUGCUGCGGAUAUCCUAAGAUCGAUUUCUAAGGGUCAAGAAAAGUGUUACCAGACCUUGUUCACUCGACUGGAAAAACGUUACGGAGAUGUCCAUCUACAACAAAUCUACAAGGUACAAAUAAGAAGUAGAAUUCAACGAGCAAGUGUGAAUUUGCAAGAAUUUGAAGCAGGUGUUGCUCGUAUAGCGCGGUUAGCUUAUUAAGAGGUAUCAAAAACUUUUUGGAAGAAAUAGCUAUAGAUACCUUCGUUAAUAGGUUGAGAGACAGUGAACUACAGAAAUCUUUACGACUAGUAAGCC